AUGUCUAGCCCUAAAGCCAACGAGGUUCUGUUCGCAUACAUAGCUAUAGCCCCUCAUGUUAUAAGCCUGGUACUAAUACGGGAUGAUAAUAGAAUACAACGACCAGUAUAUUACAUAAGUAAAUCAUUACAUGAGGCUAAAGUGCGCUACUUACCAUUAGAGAAAGCAAUUCUAGCAGUAGUGCAUACCACGCGAAAACUUCCCCAUUACUUUCAAGCACACACGGUCAUUGUUCUGACCCAACUUCCCCUUCGAUCGGUGCUCCGAAGUGCUGAUUACACUGGAGGAAUCGCCCUGUGGAGUGCACUUUUAGGGGCUUUUGAUAUUAAAUACAUGCCUAGGUCCUCUGUCAAGGGUCAAGUCCUCACAGAUCUAGUCACAGAAUUCGCUGAACCCUCUGUAGAAACAGUAACAGAGAAGGAAAACAUGGAUGGAAAAUCGGUUGGCACAAUCUCAGCACGGGAAACCUCACGUUGGAAAGUCUACAUGGAUGGCGCGGCCAACCAAAAAGGAUCUGGGAUCGUGCUAGUUCUAAUAUCGCCCGAAAAUAUUACCAUUGAAAAAUCGCUAAGACUCGAGUUCUCGGCUACGAACAACGAAGCCGAGUAUGAGGCCUUACUUCAAGGAAUGAUGAUGGUGCAAAAAAUGGGCGGAAAAGCAAUAGAAGCAUUCUCGAACUCCAGACUGGUCGUAGGCCAAGUGAUGGGUGAGUUAGAAGCUAAAGAUGCUAGAAUGCAAGAGUAUCUCAGUCGAGUCAAACGCCUACAAUCAAAUUUUAAAUCUUUUAAUUUGACGCAUGUUUCUAGAAGUGGGAACACACAUGUGGAUUCGCUGGUCACUCUUGCCACGUCUUCUAUGCAGCAUCUGCCACGAAUGAUCUUUGUUGAGGAUUUAUGCAAGACAAGUUCAAUCGAAAGGGACACAGUUCGGGUCCAUCAUAUUAGAAGGAAUCCCAACUGGAUGGAUCCUAUAAUGAACUUCCUCAAAGAUGACACAUUACCGGAAGGCAAACUGGAGGCCAAGAAGAUACGGAGGAAUGCUCCUCGGUUUUGGUUGUCAGAGGACCACAAGCUAUACAGGCGUUCCUAUUCUGGGCCGUACCUACUAUGCAUACACCUAGAGGAAUCUGAGUCCUUGCUUGAGGAGUUGCAUGAGGGAAUUUGUGCGAGUCACACAUGA